AUGGCGCCUCGCGUCCUCUCUUCUUCGUCCUCCCAAGCGCAGGCCUGGCUGCUUCGGCUGUCGCUCUGCGCCGCCGUUUUCUCCACGUCUUGCGUCUUCGCCGUCUCGUUUCUGGCUGUUGCCUCUCCGCCGAUUGAAACAAAGAUCGAGCUUUACGCCGUCGUACUCGAUGCGGGCAGCACCGGGACGCGGGUGUGCGUCUACCGGGUUUUGUUCCAAGAGAAUAAGUGCCACGGCGGCCUCGGGCAAGCCACUGUGCAAGUCCCUGCGCUCGUCAGUCGCCGCAUCGGACCCGGCAUCGCCUUAUAUGCGGAGAGGCAGCAGGGCAGGAAGUCGCAGGACCGCGCCACGUCCAUCGACGACCUGCAUCCGGAGACUCAGGCGCAAGCGUACUUCAAGCCCGACGGACAUGACUCUGGCGAGCAGCACGCCAGCCUCCUGGCAAGCCAUGUCGACCGCCUCGAGCGCCUGAAAGAGGCUGUGGAAGCGGGCGGUGCAGCUGGGAAGCCCCGAGAGGCGGAGGCGCCGCACCAUAACGUGAACACGGAGCGCUUUGGUCGCGAAGACGACAUCGACGGAGGCUUGGAAGAGUAUCUCGAGCGUCUGCGCGCCAUCGUCGAGGAGGCCCUCCCCAGCGAAGACCAGCGGCGCCGCGCGUUUCUCUUCUUUCGGGGCACGGCGGGCAUGCGCGCGCUCCCUGCGGAGAAGUCAGAACGCCUCCUUGAGCAGGUCCGCGCGUCUAUGGCGAGUUGGGGUCUGUACCUGCCUGCGGGCAGCGUCGGCGUGACAGGCGGCGAAGCGCCGCGCGCGGGCGGGGGGGAAGGAGCCUCAGGAGACGCGAGGAGGGCGACCGGCGAGGGCGACCAGGGGGGCACGACUGCGAAGAAGCUCCGCGCGGGCCUCGUGGAGAUGGGCGGCGCGUCGGCGCAGGUUGUCAUUCAGCUGCCGCCCGGUCUGCGCCCGCCAGGGUCCUACACGCCGCUCGCGUCGACCGUGAAGCUGAGCGAGAGGCGCCCAGGCGACGCGGCCGCGCGCGGUCCCGAGUUUCCACCGAUCCGUGUCCACCGACACGCCGCAGUCAACGCGAGGGCCGGCGGCGACUUUGUCGAAGUCGACCUCUGCACUGAGCGCCACAUCGUCUAUUCCAAGAGCUACAUGGGUCUCGGGCGUCAGCACGCGAUGAUGGAGCACAUCCACGACAGCGUGCAGCACGCGCUCGCUGAGCACAAGGCGGCGAUCCGCGCAGGUCAGGGGCUGCCGCCGACCCGCGAGGCGCCCUUCGAGGCUUCGAUUCCUUGCCUGCCUUCAGACAUCCGCGUGCAUGUGCGCCCGAGCCGCCUCGCGCAGAACGCCGCCUUCGACGAGGAUCUCGAGAAGUCUCUGCAGGACGAAGAAGAGGACUAUCCGGAGGCCGGGCGCGCAGCGGGAGUUCCAACUGCAGCGCCGUCCGCUGCGCGGAAGGAGGAAGAGACGCGUGGAGAAACGAGCGAAAGGGGGGAGAGAGAGUCAGGACGCAGCAAGAUCAAGGUGCACCAUCCCGCGGGAAUCCCCAAGAAAGGCAUGCCCAGCGACGAAUUCAUGUGGGCAAUUAUGGGCGACAACGGGGCAAACAUGAUGGACUUCAUCGAGAAAGUCGCUGCGCAGGGCGGCUCGAGUCACCUCGGCUGCCACGAGCAUGUAGCCUUGCGCCUGAACCGCGUGCCAGAUCUUCCUUUCGAGAUCCACCCCGAUAUCGCGCUCUACGCAACAGAGAAUUUUUACCAUUUCAACGAGUACGUUCUUCGCGCCGCUGGGGCGCCCGAGCUCUCCGGGGCGAAGUUGGCGCGUGCAGCUGCACGGCUCUGUGAAAUGGCUGAAGUCCGCGACGUGCUUCAGGAAAUUCAUCCGAAGGCCGCCAAAGAGAAGGCGCAGACGGCCUGCUUCGGGCUCGUUCUCAUGUCGGAAUUUCUAACGCGCGUUCUGCGAUUGCAGAGAGAGCGCGAGCUGCUGGCUGUCAAUGACAUCAACGGCGUAGAGAUCUCGUGGACGGCAGGCGUGCCCAUGCUGUAUCUUCCGCAUAUCAUUAGAGAGGCGGAAGGAUCUCAGACGGGCGCUGCGGAGAGCGCAGCCUCUCCUUCGGUCCCCAAGAGUUCAUCUGCGAAGGAGACAGAACAAGGAGGCUCAGGGGCGGCGAAGACCGGGAGCCGAGACCUGCGCGGGACCCGCGAUGAGUUGUAA